UGGUCGUUGAUCACGCAUCGCUCAGCCCACGUUUACCGGGCGUCCACUUCCACGUCUAUCCGCCGUAUCGCGUGCUGGAUGAAUGUCUGGCAAGGCCGAACGCCUCAAGGAUGAGGGUUCCCGCCUCCAGGUGACGGCCGCCGGCGCAACGGCCGGCUUGAUCUCUCGCUUCGUCAUCGCCCCCCUCGAUGUCGUCAAGAUCCGCCUCCAGCUGCAACACCACUCCCUCUCGGACCCGCUCAUCCACCAGCGCGGCGCCGAAAUCAUCGGCGGCGGGCCCAUCUACAAGGGCACUCUCCCUACAAUCCGACACAUCCUGCGCACCGAAGGUCUCACCGGUCUCUGGAAGGGCAACAUCCCCGCCGAGCUUCUCUACGUCUCGUACGCCGCCGUGCAGUUCACCACCUACCGCUCCAUCACGCAAUUCCUCCAAACCGCUUUUCCCAAAGAACAAAACAAACAACUGCCCCAAUCAGUCGAAUCUUUUGUGGCAGGCGCCACCGCCGGCGGCGUCGCCACGGCAGCUACCUACCCCCUCGAUUUGUUAAGGACACGCUUCGCCGCGCAAGGCGUCGAGCGCGUCUACCCUUCUCUUCUACAAGCGAUCAAAAACAUCUACACCUCCGAAGGCGCCACCGGUUACUUCCGCGGCUUGGGGCCAGGUCUGGCACAAAUCAUCCCGUACAUGGGCAUGUUUUUCUGCGUGUACGAAACUUUACGCCCCGCGCUCUCCGACCUCGAGCUACCCUACAGCUCGGGGAGCGCGGUGGCGGGCGUGGUGGCGAGCGUAGUAGCCAAGACGGGCACGUUUCCGUUGGAUUUGGUGAGAAAAAGGAUACAAGUGCAGGGCCCGACGAGGGGGUUGUAUGUGCAUAAGAAUAUCCCCGUUUAUGAUGGUGGGAUGAUAAAGACGGUGGGGACGAUUGUGAGGAGGGAAGGGGUGAGGGGAUUGUAUAGGGGACUGACGGUUAGCUUGUUUAAGGCGGCGCCGGCGAGCGCGGUUACGAUGUGGACUUAUGAGAGGGCUUUGAGGUUUUAUGUUCGGCUUGGAGCGGUUGGUCCGGUGGAGGAGGAAGGGGCGUGAGAUCUUGAUUCAUGGAACGGUCUUUUUUUGC